AUGGGUGUUCUCACAAGCUCUUUUAUCCUUUCAUCGUUUCUUUUCGCGGCCCUUCCCAUUAUUAAUGCACAAAGUUCAUCAAAUGCAACAAAGAUAAACCCGCACAUCGACGGCAUCCCGUCGAUCCCGCAGGUGACCGACUGCACGGACGUCCACAUCUUCCUCGCCAAAGGCAACAACGAGACCGAACAAGGUCAGCGGCAACUCAAGCUCGUCGAUGCCAUCUGCAAGGCUACGCCGUCAGGCGUGACAUGUGGCCACGAGUCAAUCCAUUUCGACAACAAAUACACGACCGUAUUCUGCGUGUCACUCGAAGAGGGUGCACCUGCUGGGCAGAAGCAGCUGCUCGACUACAACAAGAAGUGCCCGGACAGCAAGAUUAUCGUGGCGGGGUACUCCCAAGGCGCGCAGGUUGUUGGCGAUGUGCUAGGCGGCGGCGGCGGCACUUUCUUUCAGGACUGUGUUCAGAAGCCAAAUGCCGGCCUCGAUCCCGCGAGCAAGGACCACACCUUGGGCAAGCAGAUCAUAGCUGUAUCGCUGUGCGGCAAUACUCGACACGAUGCCGGACAAAGCUACAAUGAGCUCUCGGGAUCGCCCUAUAAUGGCUUGUUCCCUCGAACGGGUGCUUUGUUGGAAGGACUCAAUAAGUGGUCCAACGUUCUCCACGAUUACUGCGUAGAGUCCGAUCCCAUUUGUACGAAUGGGACAGACGCCGAAGCGACUGGCGAGGAUCACUUGUCCUACUUCGAUGUGUACUCUGGCCAGAUUGCGGGAUGGAUGAUGGAGAAGAUGAACGCCGGUGGCGACGAGGGCAAUGCAACGAGCAGCAGCAGCACAAUGUCGAUCUCGACAUCGACUCGGUCCUCCAGCACAAGAUCGUCCACGGCAUCUGCGACCUCGAGCAGUGCAGAGGAGAGCUCAAGCGCAACGAGCUCAACGAUCCCCACAAACACGAAUGAUGCCGCAGCAGCGACGGCUUCCGAGACUGGGGCAGCCGGCAGUGGCAGCGAAGGCAUGUUCGUCUCGCUAGGCAUGUUGAUGCUGCCGCUGCUUGCUAUCACGAGUUUGUUGUAG